GUGAGUUGUGAGUUGUGAGUUGUGACAGUGGGAAGGAAGGGAAGAGGCGCGUGAUGGGAGGUUUAUAAAGUCCGUCCCUCACAGUGUUCCCUUGGUAACUGGAAAGCGUGUCACACCCUUUUCUCUUUCUCUAGACAAGGAAUCAAUUACCCUGUUCACGUUUUCUCCUCCCCUUCUUCAAUCAUUCUAACACACCCUUCCAUGCCACCUUUUCAACCUUCCCUAACCUAAAACCCUACCCCACCACGCCCAUCAUGUACGCCCUCCACACCUCCCAAAACCACGCUAAAAAUCCCUCCUUUUCCUCCUCCCUUCUCGACAAAAUCUACCAAGACACCGACAUCAACUUCUACGCCCAAACCAUGCUCACCAACCAAGACUUAUCAGCGCCAACCAUUCGCCGCGCUUGUUCGCUCCACAAAUGGAAACCCACCCAAAAAACACUCAGAAAAUCGCCUUGGAAUCAUCCCGACCACCACCACGAGGCUCUCUUCUUCAGUUCAACUUCGACUUCCUCGGAUUCCAGUUCCGGAUUAUUAUCCUCAUCCGACACGGAAUCAUUGUACGGUGGGAGGGCGCGUGUUUCGUGUUUCGCCCCGUCCAGGCCCAACCCCGUGAUGACGUCAGCCAAUGAAGAGGGUUUGAUCAAGUCAAAAUCCAGGGCCUUGAAGAUUUACAACAAUCUCAAGAAAGUGAAGCAGCCCAUAUCACCCGGAGGGAGGCUCAGUAGUUUCCUCAACUCCCUGUUCGCGACACGAACCGCCAAGAAAACCAAAACCUACGACCGCGCCGAGCCCGCAAAGUCCGGACAAGACUCCACGUGUUCCUCCGCCUCCUCCUUCUCGCGCUCUUGUUUGAGCAAGUCUUCGUCGAACAAGCUCCGCGACGGGGUUAAGCGAACGGUGCGUUUUUACCCCGUCAGCGUCAUCGUCGACGAGGAUUGUCGUCCGUGCGGCCAUAAGUGUUUGUACGAAGAGGACACGCGUGUAAUGCCUGUGUCUGUGCCAACCGCAUGGAAAAUUUCACGAAACAAAAGCCAAGAAGAAGAAGAAAAUGCUGUGGAUAAGAGCAGGCGCGUGGAGGAGACUGCUAGAGAGUUCUUGAAAGAGUACCAUCGAACCCAGAAGAAGAGCGAUUUGGUUUUAAGGGAUUUUCCUCGUCAUGAUGAUGACGACGAUGAUGCAGCCAGUUAUUCAAGUUCGGAUCUGUUUGAGCUUGAUCACCUAUCGGUGAUGGGAAAUAAUAGGUAUCGUGAGGAGCUUCCCGUCUACGAGACUACUCAUCUUAGUACGAAUCGCGCCAUUGCCAAUGGCCUCAUAUAAUUAAUGUAGUUUCUCAUUUUCAUUAUCGUAAUAAUAAACUAUACAGAUUAUAUAUCAUACUCAUUUUUUU